UCUGACAAACGAGUGACAGCUGUUAUAUGGCUGUUAUUAUACUCCUUGGUUACCUGACGAUUAUUUUAGAAAAAUUCGAAAUUACAUAACUGAAGUUUAAAAAGGACUAAUAUCUUUUUAAAAUUAGAGUUCUGUUGUUAAGCGAGUAUUUGUACAAUACCUUCCACUACAGCUCCCAUUUGCAAGUCGAAAUGGAGGUCAGCGAGCAAGAAUUAGAGCCUUCCAGCUUAGUUCCCGAGCCCAAGCAGCCCUCUCCCAGAAAAGUUAAAAUAAAGGUAGAAAGCGACACGGAUGAGGAAUAUCUUCCGGGAGGCAAGAAGAAGAAGGGAAAGGCCUUGAAAACGCCCAAAAAAGAAAAAUCCGAAUCUCCGAAGGUGAAAAAAUCAAAACUGCAACGAAAGAAGCAGGAACAUAAACUGUGGACUUGCAGACGCUGCUUGCAAGAGUUUGACACUCGAAAGGGCCUAACCGAUCACGCGAAAAUUCAUCACGAGAAUAAAACCUCCGACGAGCAUACUUUUAAAUAUGAUGACGAGCAGGACUUGUACUACUGUAACACUUGUUCGGCCGAAUAUCAGACUCAAGAGGAGGUAGAAAAACACAUCGUGAAAGUCCACGAAGAAUUUUACUCUUGCGAGGUAUGCCACCACCAAUCUAAAAAAGCUUAUUCCUUCGCUAUCCACAUGAAAACGCAUUCCAAAGACGAUAUGAUGGUCUGUCCUCUAUGCAGCUAUAGCACUCCGAGAAGAACGUGCCUUCAGACGCACAUUAACCGAGUACACUACCAUAAGUUUUAUUACACUUGUGGAACGUGCGGCAAAGGCUUCAACGACUCGGUGAUUUUUAAAGAGCACGGCAACGAGCACAUGGGCAUCAAACCUUUUAUUUGCGUGGUCUGUAACAAGGCUUUUUGUUACUCCAGAUACAUGACCAUUCAUCAGGUGAGACAUCACACUGUUCACAUUGAAGGAACUUUGCAUAAAACCCAAUGCAGCAUUUGUCUGAAAGUUUUCUAA